GCCCAACUAGGAGCAACACAACAACACUUCGACAUCUGCAGGAGCAGCACAGGAAGCGAUCCUCCGAAGGUCCUCCUAUGUUCCUGCAAACGGGAGGGGGUGGGAAGGGAACCAGGCCACAGUCGACACACCAGCAGAACCACAACCACCAAGCCCAGCACCACCAGACGGGGCACUCGCACCACCAUCACCUGCAGCAGCAGCAGCAGCAACAGCAACAACAGCAGCAGCAGGUGCGCAGCAACCUCCUUCACCAGCAGGAGCAACAGCAGGCCGCCCACACAUUGUUCGUUCCGAAUCACAGCGGCCUGCACCACCACCAGCAGCAACUGUUGCAGCAGCAGCACCAACAACAGCAACAUCAGGCGGCAGCCGCCGCCCACCUUCAGCAGCAGCUUCAGCAACAACAGCAGGUCCAGCAGCAGCAGGUACAAGCGCAGGCGCACCAUCCUCCCGUAAUAUUCUACAACCCACCGCCGCCAUACGCUACCCACUCGGCUGCGGGAAAUAGUAAUGCUAAUGGCGGCGGCGGCGCUGCCCACCAACUGAGCGCCGCCGCCAGUAGCAGCUCGCUGGGUCACCAGGGACACAGUGCCGGGCAUCAUGGUGGUGGUGUCCACGGUGCCAAUGGGGUGCUUGCGCCCUCCAACUCCAGCGCCGCCAAUCUAACCCGGGCGCUGAGCAACCCCACUUUGCCGCCCCAUUUCCCGCAGUCAGCUGGACUGAUCGCAUCCGCCGGCGGCAAUGCGCCCGGAACUGGAGCCGCCUACAUCUCCACCGCCUACAUACCAACACCUACAUACAGCCAGGGCGCACAGCUUUUAGGUAUGCAGUCGGCGGUGGCUUUCCCUACGAACGGAGCGGGAGGAGCUCCGACGGCCACCUUCUAUGUGCCACCGCAGCCACAGCCGCAGCAGCAACAGAAGCAGCUGCAGCCACCAAACGGCCAGCAGUCUGGCCCUGGUGGUGCUGCCGCACCAGGACAGCCGCAUCCCUUUCCCUACUAUGUGAAUGUCCCAGCACCAAAUAGUGGCGCUGGCAAUGUGUCCAGCGGCGGCAACUCCCACGGUCGUAACAUUCGAGGUGCCCAUAGGGCGGCGGCCACGCCCCAGCAUGCGAACUACUUCACCUACACUAUGGCCUCGACCAAUACCCAACGUCCCGCUCCGACUGCGGUGGCUCCCAUGAUAAACUCACAAAACGGGGCCCUGAACGGAGCCGCCACCUUCCAUCUGGCCCCAAACUUUAUUCCUGGCCUGACGCUGGGACUGCCAACCGGGAUGACGGCGACACCCAUGCUCGCCCCGGCUGGCAUGCAGACUGCACCGCCCCAAGCGCCAUCAGGAUUACAUACCUAUACACCCCCCAUACACAUGCAGAACAGCAGCGCGACGGCCAUAGCCGGCAGUGUGCCGAAUGUGACUGGAGUGCAGGCAGUGGCCACUGGCGGAUUCUCAAACACAUCGCUAACGGCUCCCCCUGUAGGCGGCGGGGCCCAGCAACAACAACAACUAGGAGGAGCCAGUAGCGACAAGGUGUGCAAACGCCGAUUUGCCAUUCCCAUUAUUCAUCCGGACACUAUGGAGAACGUGAUGGACCGUGUGUUCACUAAUAAGGACUCAAACUCAUCGACGAUGACACUGAGCACAGAGCUGCUGGAUUCGGAUAGCAACAGUACCACUUGCUUAUAUCAGGCGCCUGCCAUUCUCAUGGAUUCCACCUCGGGCUCGUCCCUACUCUCUUCCGCAUUGGCGGAACAACAGAUGCAGAACGUUCAGCCGAAUGUAGCUCCCUCUAUGGGGGAAAUAUCUGGACUGCAAUUCGGAGAGGACGAGGAGGAGGAAGCUGGUCUGGAUCAAAGCCGCCUCUCCACCACAUCCGGGGUCACGGAUAAGGAUCAGAUCAGUGUGAUUGUCAAGGAUAUACUGGCCCAUUCCGGCAACACCGAUGAGCAUCUCAGCUUCUGGCAGUACAGUGACGUCGACAAUGUCACGGAGACCCAUCCUAGCCUGCCACGCGUACACAAGGAAUUGACUCAGGCGACUGAAGCUAUCGAGGCGGGACCCCAGCCCGCCGUUCUGUUCCAAGAGCCAGCCAAGAAGCAGCGCCCCAAGUCGGCCAACAAGCAAAGCACCGCCACGCCUACAUCCAUAGCGAAUGACGUGGCCGAGGCAGCGGCCAGCGGUUGCACGGGCAACAUAUCCAUCCUGCCCAGAAGCCAGCCAAUGCAGACGCCUCUCUCGUCGCCAGGGUCACGACCGCCAGUUCAGAAGCCCAUUAGUAAAUCUAUAGCGACCACAGCUGUUCCGACUGCGUCGCCCAUCAGAAAGUCCAGUAUUGCUCCACUGGCGACCACCACCUCCACCACGACAAGUUCGGGGGCAUCCUCAUCGGCAGCCUCCACGCCCACACACACGGUUAGGCAGCAACCACAACAACAGCAACAUCAAGUCAAUCUCCAGCAACAGGCAAAGCAGCAGCAGGUGUCAGGUGGCCAGGUGACGGGAAGACCAGUCCCGACUCCCAACCGCAUCUCGGCGGCCGUCACCCAGCUCGCCGGCACCAAUAGCUCCAACAGCAGCAACAUAACCAAAAAACAGCGCAAGGCACAGAAGCGGGCCAAGGACUUGGAGAAGAGGAAACAAAAGUCGACGAUAAUCAGCACCACUACAAGCAGCAGCCAAAGCCAGAGCAACAAUGGCAACAAUAGCAACAGGGGCAACGGAGGAGCACCGGAGGCUAACACAAACACAAACAACAGCAACAACAACAACUCCACAUCAACAACAACUCUAACAGCGGCAACAACAACCAAACACGACGGAACGGCGACAACUGUCGAUGACAAGGCUACGGCGCAACCGACGACUGAUAAGCUUAGUGCAACAACUAGUAAUAAUCCUAGCUUCGUAAGUUCUACUCUAAGAGACGACAACACUGUGCUCAAGCCCAAGGAGCAGUUGAUGAGCCACAACAACAAUAACAAUGACGAAGAUGACAUCACCGACGACAUGGAUGCGGAGGCGGACAGCGAUCAUGAAUCUGACAGCAAAGAGGACAGCGGCGUGUCAAGUCGUAAUCCCCAUGUGAAGCACUUGGCCAACGAUGAGAUAGUGGCCAAGUUCUUGCAGAAGAGCAGCCCUGAUACAUCCGUCGCAUCCCUUUCGGAGACACAGCAGUUACAGUUCCUUAACAGCAGCAGUUCGGCGUGUGAGGAAGAUGAGCCGCCAACUCGCGGUGUCGCCGCGUCCAGCAAAAUUGAGGACAAUGCCAUGGCGGACCUCAAGUUUGGAGAUUUCAACGAGGAGGCGGCGCGCCACGAUACCGGUUUCAUAUGCAGCUCCACAUGGUCCAGCUCGACCAUUAGCAAGGCAGCGGACGAUGCCUCAUCCUUUAGCAGCAAGAGCGGCGACAAUGUGGAUUGUGCUCCCAAGGUGAGUGCCACAUCCAUCAUUAAUGCUGGAGAGAGGAGCGCAGGCGGUAGCAAGAAGAGCUCACCGGUCCAUCAGGCAAAAGUCAAGGGAGUGGAAUCGUCGCCCAAAACUAAGCAGCAAAAAGCGACCAAGUCAAAGAGCCCCAGUCCGAGUUCCAGUUCAGUCUCUUGCAGCGACACCAGUGCCGUUGCUACUCCUCCCGUCAGGAACUAUCGCUAUAGCAUGGAGACGCUGCGUGAACUGUCCAAACUUAACGAUUCUCGCAAGCCGCCAAUGGUGCCCUGCCAGAAGGGUGACUGUAUCUCGCAGCUGUUCGUUUCCCGCCAGCAGCAACAGCAGCAGCAUCAUGCUCACACCCACGCUCACGCCCAUGGCCAGCAGUUCCAGCAGUACCAGCAUAUGAACUUUAAUGAGUCCCUGGACUAUGUGCCCGGCAAGCGAGGAGGUCGCGGUCAUGGAGCCAGCAAGAAGCACCACGACGGACACCAGCAAAUGGGCGGCUCCGGUGGCAUGGGCGGCGGUGGCGGUCCUACAACCAGUUCGAGUCAGCGCCAUAUGGACAUAAUCCGGGUCCAACUAUCGUUGAAGGAGGAGAUCAAACUAUCGGAGUGUGAGAAUGCCUGGCAGCCGGAGCCCCUGCGCCGCACAUCCAUGGCCACCGCCCAGGAUGAGGAAAACGAUGUGGAGGGCGUGCUGAAAAAGGUGCGCGGCAUUCUCAACAAGCUGACGCCAGACAACUUCGAAGUUCUCCUCAAGGAGAUGUCCAGCAUCAAAAUGGACAAUGAGGCGAAAAUGACAAAUGUCAUGCUGCUCAUAUUCGAAAAGACCAUUAGCGAACCGAAUUUUGCGCCCACCUAUGCCCGCUUCUGCAAGGUGCUUUUCCACGAAAUCAAAGCCGAGAACAAGUCGCUUUUCACCAGCUCCCUGAUCACGCGCAUUCAGCACGAGUUCGAGUCGAACGUAAACGAUGCCAAUGCCAAGGCCAAGAAGCUGCAGCCCACCGUGGAUCGCAUCAACCAGUGCACGGACCCCGCGAAGAAAGCGGAGUUGCGUUCCGAAAUGGAAGACCUGGAGUACCAGUUCCGAAGACGUGCCUGGGGCACCGUUCGUUUCAUUGGCGAGCUCUUCAAGCUCCAAUCGCUGACCAGCGACCGAGUGCUGAAUUGCAUAGAGUCACUGCUGGAGCACGGCUGCGAGGAGAAGCUGGAGUACAUGUGCAAACUUCUGACCACCGUCGGCCAUCUGCUGGAGACCACGCUACCCGAACAGUACCAGCUGCGAGACCGCAUCGAGAAGAUCUUCCGCCGCAUCCAGGACAUUGUGAAUCGGUCUCGCGGGACGGGACAUAGGCAGCAGGCGCACAUCAAGAUCAGCAGUCGGGUGCGUUUUAUGAUGCAGGACGUGCUAGAUUUGAGGGUGCGGAACUGGGAUCAGCCGGCGAGUCACCAGACGCAGGGCGCUGCGCGCAACCAACGCCACAAGUCGCACGAUGACACAAAGGAUCAGCAACAGCACCACAGUGGAGGUGGAGGCGGGGGCGGCGGUAGUCGGGGCAGCGGAAUUAGCCAGCACUCGCAGCCGAUGCAUCACCAGCAGCAGCAACAGCAGAAACAUCACCAUCACCAGCAUGGCCACGACGGCGGCAGCAACUACUUCAUGCAGAAGAUGCCCAAGCAACAGCAGCACGAGAACCAAGCUCUGAGUAUUGAUCCCAGCAAGCUGCGCUUCAGCAGCAGCAACGUUAGCGACGACUCGCAUGCCAAGCUGGGCAACUCCUCGAACUACCAGUGGCGUAAUUCCGACAACCGUCCGGUCAGCGGCCCACCGUCGACCAACACUAGUGUGCCGCCACCUCCGCCCACAUCCCUGCUCAAGCGCCUUCCGCCUCCCGGCCAGAACUUCAGUAUCUCGCCGUACCGGCUGCCUCCACCUCCUUUGGGCACACCCCUGCCGUCUGUCCAUGUCGGUGGCAAUAGAAGCAGCCAUGUAGAGCACCAGGCUGAAAUCGCCUUCACGGGAAAACAGUGCCAGAACCUCAUUGCCAAGCUGGUGGAGGAAGCUCUAAAUACGCGUGACUGGCAGUCGGAGGUUCUAACCAUUUGGCGUUCGUUCACCGUUAAGCAGCAGUCGAAGGCAUUGCAAUACCUGAUGAUGGACUACUUGCACUCGGCUGAGGUGAAGCGCCAGCAUCGUCUAGCUUGCGGCAACAUCUUCGCCUACCUCAUGAGCAAGGAUGCGUUAGACAAGGCGACCUUCAGCCAGGCGUAUUCCCGGUUCAGCGACGAGUUUCCUGACCUUCUCGUGGACGUCCCGAACGGUUGGAGCUAUGUUUUCGAGUUCCUCGGGCCCAUCAUGCACUCCGGCCGUCUGGACCUUAAGGAUGUGUGGCAGAGGCGCUGGUUGGAGGACUCGUUCUUUACUGAACGCUUCGUGUUCGCCUUUGUUAACUAUUUCGUGCAGGAAUUCGGGGCCGCCUACGCUCGCAAGGUGUGGCACAACGACUACAAGCUGGAUCGCGGACAGCUGUUCUGGAACGAUGUUAGCAAGUAUCGCGAGUUCGUGCAGUCGCACAGCUUUUACUUCCUGGAUAACGGCGUGCCCGGUCAGGGCCAAGUAAAAGGACAGGCCAAAGCGAAAGGAGGACAGUCGAGCAGCGCGUCGACGCCACGCUCACCAUUGGAGCAUGUUGAGCGGAUCAGACACCUACUGGCACUGUCCUGUGACAUGGCCAUCGACUACAUCAACACCAACGUGGCCAUCAAUGCGCACUUUGUGAGGCAGCUCACCAAAUUCCUGUGCUGUGAUUAUGCGCUGACUGUGAUGACCAAAAGCAACAAGGGAGGCGGCGGCAAGAAACUGCAGCUGCAGUUGAACACUGAGAGCUUCCGCACCAGGUGCACACCGCUGCUGCGUCUCUGCAUCGACGCCCAGGAGGCGCUGGAAAUUGCCUGCAUAGACGAGGCGGUGGACUCUCUGCAGCAGCACUUUAUGGCCGAGCUCGAUGGUGACGAGAUGGCAGCCGGCGAGACCAUAUGCAGCACGUUCAGCGUGCUCUACGACAGCGAGGUGAUACCCAAGGAGUCGUUCGACAAGUGGUACAAGCUGGAGAUUGGGCACUCGUCAGCCUACCGCCGGCCCUUUAUCGACCAGCUGCGCGACUUUAUCGAGGAGAUGUAA